AUGUCGACAUUCGUCCGGCGCGAAAGCGGAGUGGACACGUCUGAUUUGCAGACCACCCGUCAGUCGACCAGCAGAGAUGAUGACGAGCGAGAAGCAACUGAACUCGGACCUGUGCAACAUGGACAUCCAGACACAGUCGCGACGAUCAGCAGGACGAGUGUGUUUAAUACCGAUGUAGAAUCACCAAUACCCGGUGGCUUGAGAAGAUGGUGGAAAUAUUAUAUCCAGCUACAUGUUCCUCACGCGACAUGUAGAGAUCACCUUGCCAAUGAACGAACGUUUCUGGCGUACCAACGCACAUCGCUCGCCCUAUCCAUGCUGGGAAUCGUCACCGCUCAGCUCUUUAGUCUUCAGCGUUCGGUAGAUCCGGAGCACGACCCUAUAUUUGGAUAUCACACUCUCGGGAAGCCUCUGGCUGGUCUUUUCCAAAGCGCUGCAAUUGUUGUGAUUCUUAUUGGGGGCCAUCGUUUCUGGCGACAGCAAAUGAACAUGGCUAGAGGCAAGGUAUGGGCCGGUGGCUGGGAGAUCUGGUCCAUCAUGGCAUUCAUGUUGCUUGUCAGUUCCAUUUCCUCUUCCCGAUCCUUCUCCGAGGCACCCAUUCGAAAUUGCAUGGUUUCGCCGGACUGA